AUGAAUGAAACUAGCAAUAUUAACGGUAGCUCAACCGGUGGCGUUUGUUCAUCGUGUCUUAAAGAAAUGCCUCUUGUUAUGACAUCAUCAUCCUUAUCUCGACUUUGCUCGAAUUGUAUCACUGAAUUUAUUGAUCCACAACAACAAUUUUCAUUGCCUAUGAACAAUAAAUUUCCACUUUUGCCUCCAUCGCAACCUUUAUCAAGUAUGCAGCAGCAGCAGCAUCCACAGCAACAACAACAACAGUCCCAAUCAAUAUUACAACCGAAUUUUUCGCCAUUAUCGUCAUCAUCAGCCUCUUCGACAUCAUCAAUAUCAUCCACUAAUCGACGUUUUAGUGCAUUCGAUCCAUUUACAUCCGGUAAUGAUAUAAAAAGUAGUUUUCUACAACCAUUGACUGACUUAAACAAUGCGUUUUCAUCUUUAAAUUCAUCAAAUUUAACUAAUAAUAAUGAUUCUGAAUCGACAACAUCUGACUUUAUGCGUUAUUUUCAUAAUUUUCUUAAUGGAAAUAAUCAUAAUAAUAUCGGCGAUCGUGAUAGUCCUACCAGUAGUGUUCAAAGUAAUGAUUUUUCUCCAUUCUUCACUCCAAAUUCAACCAAUAAUAAUUAUCCACCACCUCAAUCUUUACUGCAACGUCAACAUUCAGCAUUUUCAUCUGUUGAUUCAACAACAAGUUCCACACCAUCAUUAAAUCGUUCAUUAAACAAUGAUAUUCCGCCGGCACUAUGCUGUUUCGCCAAUAAUCCUCCGUAUACAUUCUGUAUCGACUGUGAAACAUCAUUGUGUGAGAAAUGUGCAUUAACCCACCCGAAGAUGCUCGGUUUUAAAGAUCAUCGACAACAAUUAUUAUCCUCCUCACAAUUUAAUAUUAACAACAACAAUAAAACUGUCAAUCAUAAUAAUAACAUUAAUAAUUCUCGGUCAAUCAUUGGUCAACCACCACGACAACAACCACCGCCAGAUAUAUUACCAUUAAGUGCAGUUCGCUUAUCACAACAAACAACACCAUUCGAUUCUUCUCUGAAUCGAUCUUCAUCAACAAAUAAUUCAUCGAAUGAUGUUCAAUCGUUAUUUAGCUCAUUUUUUUCUCAAUUAUCACUUAAUACACCUAAUAAUGAGACUUUAAACAAUAAUAAUCACGCACCCCCAUCACCUUCGAUAUCAUCGACUACUAUAUUUUGCCAUGAACAUUCAAAUUUAAAGGCAUCCUACUAUUGUGAUAUGUGUUCACGUGCAUAUUGUCAUGACUGCCAAGUUCUUCAUGCUCAACAGCAUACACUAUCAUCAUUGCAAGAUACAAUUGACAGCGCUCGACAAUUAACGAAACAAUUUCUAAUCGAAUCCCAAACAUUAUUGUAUCAUCUCGACGAAUCAUUGAAACAAUCGACGCGUACGAUAGAGAAUAUUUCAAUAAAAAGUGCAACUAUUGAAAAUGAAAUACGUACAAUGAUCAAGUAUUUUCUUGACAUACUUUCACAACGACAAGAUUUCCUAUUGAAAAAUGUUGAUAAAAUACAAACAAUGAAAACGCAAACCUUACAAAGACAAAUCAACGAAUUAAAUCAAGUUAUUAAACAAUUACACUUAACCAUACUUGAUUGUAAUGAAUGUUUAAAAAACGGCACCGAUGCUGAUUUAAUUCGUAUACGAACUCGUUUAUGGAAUGAAACGAUUAAAAUGAAACAAACCUUAUUAUUAUAUUUAAAACCUAUUGAAGAUGAUUAUAUACAAUUUCAAGGUUCGCCAACGUUAAUCAAUAAGUCUUUGAUAAAUUAUGGCCAAUUAAUUACUUCAACAUAUCCAUCAUUAUGUGAAUUAUAUGGUGAUUCACUUCAUUUUACUAUUCGUAAUCGUUUAACAGUUUUAAAUUUACAAACACGUAGUCAUCUUGGCGAAUUACGAACAACAGGUGGCGAUAAUAUUCAAUGUUGUCUAAUCGAUACAGGUGCAAAUCAAACUGUUUCAUGCGACAUAUAUGAUCGUCAAAAUGGACAAUACUUUAUAACUUACAUAGCGCAAAGUGAUAAUUUACAUAUAUUAAAUGUAUAUGUAAAUAAUGCUCCAAUAAAAGAUAAUCCAUUUCGUAUACAAAUCAAACAAAAUCGUAAUUAUUCAACGAUUGGUUUAAAAUUAGAAUUUGAAAUCGGCGGUGAAGGUGAUCAAGAUGGUAAACUAUGUCGGCCAUGGGGUGUUUGUUGUGAUCAUCAAUCAAAUAUAAUUGUUGCCGAUCGGUCCAAUAAUCGUAUACAAAUAUUUAAUAAACAUGGGCAAUUUCUAAGAAAAUUCGGCACACAAGGUAAUCGUCCGGGACAAUUUGAUCGGCCAGCUGGUGUUGCAUUCGAUAAACAAUUACAUCGUGUUGUAGUUACAGAUAAAGACAAUCAUCGCAUACAAGUUUUUACAUCUACUGGAGAAUAUAUAUUUAAAUUUGGUGAGAAAGGUACGAAACCCGGUCAAUUUAAUUAUCCAUGGGAUGUAGCAGUAUCAUCAACAUCGCAAAUCUUAGUAUCAGAUACACGAAAUCAUCGUAUACAAUUAUUUUCCAAAGAUGGUCUAUUCUUAAGAAAAUAUGGCUUUGAUGGGCCUAUAUGGAAACAAUUUGAUUCGCCACGUGGAGUCGUUUUUACUCAUGCUGGCCAUAUAAUUGUAUCAGAUUUUAAUAAUCAUCGACUGUUAUUCAUAUCAUCAGAUUUUCAAAAUGCUCGAUUUUUCGGUAGCGAAGGCUCAGGUAAUGGACAAUUCCUUCGUCCACAGGGUGUUGAUAUUGAUGCCGAAGGAAAUAUAAUUGUUGCUGACUCAAGAAAUUAUCGUGUACAAAUUUUCUCACCGCAAGGUGUUUUUAAAACAAAAUUCGGUACCCAAGGUUCAGGUCCUUUACAUAUGGAUAGACCAAGUGGAUUGUGUGUUACACCGGACGGUCUUCUUCUUGUCGUAGAUUUUGGUAACAAUCGUAUUCUUGCUCUUUAA